CAUCGAUUCCUUUAUUCUCUAACAGCACAACCACAUCGUCGGUGGCCACAUCUUUCAGUUUUGCUGGCAGCAAAGUACCUUGAAGAGUCGUGUGCUGUCAACCAAUUUUCUAGCAUGAAACUCCUCCCGUCCACUCCGCCGAUGACACAGGAUUCGAAUGCAUCUGCGCUUUGGCUUCCUCAAUCGCACACCCAACAUCUACUCUUGCGACAACGAUCAUGAAGCAGCGCACUGACGGUUUCAUCAGAGUUUUCUCCCUCCGAUUGCAGACAUAGCAGUGGAUAGAUGUGAUAUUCUCUGCCCGAGACGAGGAUCUUGCACGUGCACAUUAGUGAUAAAUCUCAAGUAAGUUUUUCAUGCCGUACAAGUGCUCAAUUGGGCUAUGUGUUUUAGGUUUUCUACUUCGUACUAUCAAGAAUGCUUAGUCUCUUCAAUUCCAGACUG